UUUAUCCACGGUCGUGAGCGCAUAGGGCACGCGCAGCUUCUCGUUGCUUUCGUUGGUGUCCUACCAGCAUCUGUCCCUCUUUUUGGAAUAGACUUAUGUUCCGCCACAUCAUUUCCCGUCGACAGUAAUUUGUGCGCUACUUUCAUUUUAAUCACUGGACCGUGAAAGCGCAAAUGCGCAUCGGUGUGCGCAUCUUUGAAUCUUCAGAACUACACUGUGGACAAUCUCCCUGACAUCCAAAGACUUCUCCUCCGCAAUCCGACGGGGCUUCUUCACCGCCUAUGGCCGCACAUCGGCAUCCCUGAGCCGCUGGCCUCGUCCCGGACCUUUCACCCAUCGCUGUCCUCGAAAGGUCUUUGAAUCAAGGGAGACGUCUGCAAACAUUUUUAAUCACCCUCGAUUCACGUUUUUUUGAAGAACCCGGUGCUAUGCUGGGCCCAUCUCUCUAGAUCUCGUGAUUAAUACACGAUCUCUCCUCCCACAUUCGUCCGACCGAGACCCUGGUACUCUCAUCGAGCCCCGACAAUGCAUCCUAACGCAGUGAUGCUGGCGGUGGUCCUUGUAGGGAACUUGAUGCUACCUUUCAUCUCGGCUCAAAACGCUGGGUUUGUGAAAUCGCCAAUGUCUGAGACUAAGCUUACGGGGGACACCUUUGAGCUGUACUGCGACGUGGUUGGUAACCCAACUCCAGAGAUCCAGUGGUGGUAUGCCGAAAUCAACCGAGCUGACUCCUUCAAACAGCUAUGGGAUGGAGCCCGCAAGCGUCGGGUAUCCAUCAAUACGGCCUACGGCACCAAUGGCGUCAGUGUGCUCGGCAUCACACGCCUCACACUGGAGGACUCUGGGACCUAUGAGUGUCGGGCCAGCAACGACCCCAGGCGCAAUGACCUCCGACAAAACCCUGCUAUCACCUGGAUCCGCGCCCAGGCCACCAUUUCGGUGUUACAGAAACCAAAGAUCAAUGCCUCUGAUCAGAUCAUCCUAUCAGCGGACAGCACCAAACUGGUGACCCUGCAGUGUAACCUCACCACUGCUCAAACUGCCCACAAGGAAAGCUUCUGGAUGAAGAAUGGACAGGAGAUCGCCAAUACAAGGGCAGAGCAGAGGAAUACAGCAUACAGAAUCACUAAACCACGGGCAGAUGAUUCUGGAGAAUACAUGUGUGUUUACACAUUUGACAUGGCCCCAAAUGCAAAUGCCACAAUUGAAGUAAAAGCAAAACCUGAUAUCACUGCUCACAAGCGAAGUGAAAAUAAAAAUGAGGGAGAAAAUGCAAUGCUUUACUGCAAGUCUGUUGGUUACCCACAUCCCACCUGGACAUGGCGUAAAGUGGACGGAACAUCUUACACGGAUAUUGACAACUCUACCGGACGCUUCUUCAUCACCAACAGGGACAACUACACCGAGCUCAACAUUUUAAACCUGGAUAUAAACACAGAUCCUGGAAGAUAUGAAUGUAAUGCCACUAACGCGAUUGGAAACACCGCUGAGACCACUAUACUACGGGUACGCAGCCACCUUGCGCCACUUUGGCCUUUCCUGGGUGUGCUCGCAGAAAUUAUAAUCCUAGUCGUCAUCAUUGUUGUGUACGAGAAACGCAAGACGCCAGACGACAUUAUUGAUGAUGAUGAACCAGUUGGACCCAUGAAAACAAAUUCAACAAACAACCACAAGGACAAAAACAUUCGCCAGAGGAAUACAAAAUAAGCAAUUUACUCAAAUAAGAAGGAUAAACUGCAUUUUUUUGACUACAUGAAGGUGUCAGAGGUGGAGAGAGCACCGGGCAGUUUUGGAAAAAGCACAUCUUGUCUCAUUUUAUGAGAAACUAUGUCAGCAUAACACUGGCAACAAAAAGAACAUAAUGGCUGUCUUAAGCAUGCCUUAUUCAGUCUUACGUGGAGAUUUCAGGAUGAUGAAUAGUGACUAAAACCACCACAAAGGUGUACACAUUUUCAAUGUGCUGUCGGUGUCUCCUUUAUUAAUUUUAUCAUAUCCUCAAAUGAGGUGAUCCCUUUUGUAUUACAUAUCAUGUACAAUGCAUGCAAGAUACUUACGCAAUAGGAUACUCAGAAUAGACAUUUUCUGUUGUUAUCCCUCGUGUGGCUUUUUUUGCAUCUAAAAUGAACUAUGUUUUUUAUGGAGUCAUCCUUAUAGUUAGUUUUAUUCUUGAAAAUUUGUACAGCAUAUCAUGGUCAUUUAACUAUGUUUGAUUUUGUGACAAUAAGUCCACUUUUAACAGAACUUUUAUUGUGAAGCAAGGGCUUCAGUGACUGGCAGUAUUUAAAUUUAAUUGAGAGUGAUUAAAGAAAAUGACUACUGUGUGUUUAACUAUCUAAACAAAAAUGAUGUGUAUUAUUUUGAUUUUCUUUCCAGAGUAACUUAGUUGUCUUGUAUAUGUUGAAGUAUGAGUGUUCAAAUGAUAGGAAAUAUGUAAAAAAAAAAAACAAACAUUUUUUUUAUAUUUCCCAAUUCCAUUUAUUGAUUUUUAUUUUUUAUUUUUCUUUCUCUUUAACUGUAUAGCAUGGCUAUAAUCCUAUGCAAUAUGUAUUCUUAAAUAGAUAUAUGGAGGACAGUUUGUUUUACUCAGUGAAGCUUUAAUAUUGUGGGAUCACUUGGAAGCUGGCAUAGCAAAAUUCACUGCUGUAGCUGCAUGACUCCUGUUUCAAUACAAUGUAUCCAUGUAUGUUGCGGUGGGAAUGGACCUGCAUUACGGUGGGAACAGGGGGACCAGAGUAUAUAGCCACGAUCAGACAUAUGAGUGAGACCAAUAUUUUUUUUUCUGAAUAAAAAGUUUGAAAAUGAA